ACAGGAGGAAGAGAAAAAAGGCGGAAAGAAAGGGCGUCUACUUGGCAUAAUCACGCUCAGUGACGUUCUUCGGUAUGUUAUCGGUGAGGGUGGCAAUUGGCGAGUCAGUCGAAGAGAUUACGGGCCCGUCCGCCGCCACGGGCACACCGCUCUCUACAGAUAUCAUUUCAUGCUGAUGGCGCACAGAGUCAUUGGAAUCAGGGGUUCGUCGCAGGCUUUCGGGGUUUCGUUAUUUUAUGUGCUUUCAAAAUCUUAGUUAGCUGGAACUGACUAACAGUUGUAUGUUUGCAUGAUCUGUACCCGUAGAUGUCAUAGGUUAUACGAUAAUGUUGCCGUCUUUGUGGGAGUAGCUAUGAGUAAUAGCGAGUGGCAUGUGGAAGACGUGUGGUGUGUAAACUUGCGGCAUGCGACGGCCUCAUUGCGGGCCGCAAAGAAGGCGAAGGCACUAUACCACCAACCACCAUGACCGCCAUACAAGCCGUCUACGUACGCGGGCACGAAGAACGCCCCGAUCCCAAGCCUCAUAUUGUUUACCGCAUUGAAAUUCAAGCCCAUGUCCGCUCAUGGCAAAUGUGGAGACGCUAUUCCGAGUUCGUGGAAUUACACACAGAACUCACAAAGUCCACAGGCUCUUCACCCCCAGCACCCCUACCACCCAAAAACUCCCUCGCCAUCCUCCGCGGACCUUUCAGAGACAGUAGUAGCAUGACUGAGGAGCGCCGGGCUGGCCUCGAGACAUACUUGCGCGCCAUAAUCAGCGCAAAGGAUGACAAAUGGCGAGAAUGUUAUGCCUUCCGCGACUUCCUUGGUGUGCCAGUCGGCCGUCAGGGCACCAUGGCUGAAGGCCUGAGUGCCUCCUCCAAACAGUUCUCUUCUUCCUCCUGGCUCGACGAGCACCUCGAGCUGCAAGCCAAGAUUCGCGACAUCCGCGCAGACAUCAACAAGCGGGAUGCGCUCUCUGACCGGGGAGACGUCAGUGCAUCUCAUACUGCGAAUGUCCAGGCGAAGAAGAAGCUCGCAGAAACCCUUUCUCGGGUGCGUACGCUCAAGCAGGGCCUGCAAGAACUCGGCAUGGCGGCUAUGGCGCAGGGAGAGCUGCAACGUCGUACAGACAUGGUCGCACGCUUGCAGGACGAUUGCGAGAAGCUGGGAAAGAUGGUCACUGUCACUCGACAGGCCUCUCGUCCUGCGGCCGCCCCUUCCUCACAGGGCUUCACGAAUGUUGCUAUCGCUCCCGAAUCGGAUCGGGCUGCGCUGCUGAGCCUUAGCAAACCAGUCACGCGAGUGUUUGGUGCUAAGAAACCUCAAGAGACGGAGAUGACGAGACCGCUUGACGAUCAUGGUCUCGUGCAGUUGCAGAACACUCAGUUGGAGCAGCAAGAUAGCCAACUUGCUACACUCACGCACAUACUACAACGGCAGAGGCACCUCGGGGAAGCAAUCGGUGCUGAGCUUGCGGUGCACAACGAGUUGUUGGAUGAACUCAAUACUGACGUUGAUCGUGUUGGGGGUAAACUCAUCAGUGCAAAGAAGCAACUCAACCGCCUGGGAUGAGUAAGAUCAGGACGGUUUUCCAAUCUUGAGUAGGGAUGUACGAGGUGCUACACAUAUACCAAUAGUUAACAUC